AUGUUAUCCAGCUUAACAAGGAUGAAUCUGUCCGUGAAGAUGGGAGAAUUUGCUUUCAAGGGUUCGUCAAACGCUUUUAUGAAGGGUUUUAACCCCGUUGCUAGAAGAUUUAAACAUGAAUAUGCUCCAAGGUUUAAGAUCUUGCAAAAGAAGCAAAAAGGUAGGGUGCCUGUCCGUACAGGUGGUUCCAUGAAGGGAUCUACUUUGCAAUUCGGUAAGUAUGGAUUACGAUUGAAAAGUGAAGGCAUCAGAAUAACCGCCCAACAAUUAAAAGAAGCAGACAACGCCAUUAUGAGAUACGUCAGGCCUUUGACCAAUGGUCAGUUAUGGAGACGCUUGUGUACAAACGUUGCCGUAUGCAUCAAGGGUAAUGAAACGAGAAUGGGUAAAGGUAAAGGUGGGUUUGACCACUGGAUGGUGAGAGUGCCCACAGGGAAGGUUCUUUUUGAAAUAAACGGUGAUGAUUUACAUGAAAAAGUUGCACGCGAGGCCUUUAGAAAGGCGGGCACCAAAUUACCUGGGGUAUACGAAUUUGUAUCGCUAGAUUCUCUGGUUAGAGUCGGAUUGCACAGUUUCAAAGACCCUAAAGAUGAUCCUGUGAAGAAUUUUUAUGAUGAAAAUGCAAAGAAACCAUCUAAGAAAUACUUGAAUGUUUUGAAGUCUCGGGAACCACAAUAUAAACUCUUCAGAGGUCGUUAA